CCCGAUCUCCACCAUUGGCUGCCGUUAUACAACCCCAGACAGCUUUACGAUAGAGAGACAGCUAGAGAGGAUGUUGUCCCGUCUUGCCUGUGAAGAUACGCUACAUCUGAUCCCUUCGGUGUACUUUCCGUUUGCCACCCUCCGGCUCAAGUCAUCCUAAAACCGCUUGAAUCACAAAACGAUGCCCUGCACCGAUCCACGCCGAAAUAUUGUCCGGACAGUGCGGGGGGAGAGGAGCAUGUAACCCUGCAAGAGAAGCACCGGCGAGGCGGCAGUGUGGUACCACCUUAGACUUGGCUUUCGCCCGCUUUUGCCUUCAUUCCGACAGCAAGGGAGAAACCUCAUCGUCGUCUAGUUUGGAUACUUAAGUGUGCACAAAAUGAACGAGGACAUGUCAGAGGUCUCCAAAGAGCUCAUGGAGAGCAUGCGGGAUGCAGUAGGGAGGAAGGUGAAGCUGUCACUGAGGAAAAGAGUCAAACUGGAGAUCAAAGGAGACAAGACAGAGAACCGAGUCUUGGCUCUUGCGUCCCAUCGAGCAUACCUCCUGACUGCACGCAUUCCCACCAAGGUGGAACACUCCUUUAACUACCUGGAGAUCCAGGGCAUUAGCUGUAAUAAGGCAAAACAGCUGUUAGUAGAAUACGAGCGAGGUUCCUUCUCACUGAAGCUCAUCUCCACUGAGGAGGUCAAUGAGGUGGUUGCACAUGUUGGAAACUGUCUGCUCAGAAUAUGUCCAGGUCUUUCACCCAAUAAAGUGAUGAAGAAGCUCAGCAUGGAGCCUCCCGACAGACUGACCUCACUGCAGACGUUGUGGGAGAACAACAAACCUGCUGACCCGGGGCCAUGUGGUGGCUUUUCUCAGAUGUACAAGUGUGUUUGUGACUGGCUGUCACUGCCAUACAGAGAAGAGGUUCAAUGGGAUGUGGACACCAUCUAUUUGACACAAGACACUAGAGAUCUUAACUUGCAGGACUUCAGCCAUUUAGAGAACCGAGACUUGGUAGCCAUAAUUGCAGUCCUUGAGUUCAACCAGUGGUUCACCAAGCUUACCACAAAGGACUACAAGCUGUCUACAGAUGUUUGCGAGCAGAUCCUUAAAGUGGUGUCUCGCUCCACUCGACUUGAGGAGUUGGUGCUGGAUAACGCAGGACUCAAAACUGAUUUUGCCCAGAAACUCGCUGCUGCCCUUGCACACAACCCCAACUCAGGACUCACUAGCAUCAAUCUUGCCAACAACCCUCUGGAGGACAGAGGUAUUUCCUCCCUUGGUGUUCAGUUUGCCAAACUUCGUACUGGGCUCAAACACGUAAACUUCGCUAAAACCUCAGUGUCACCCAAAGGGGUGAACAGCCUUUGUCAGUCACUGAGUGCCAACCCAUCCAUCCCCGGUAGCCUCGUCCAUCUGGACCUCUCAGGGAACAUCCUCAGAGGAGACGACAUGCAGCAUUUUUACAAUUUCUUGAGCCAGCCCAACCGACUGACAACCCUGGAUCUCUCCAACACAGACUGCUCAUUGGAUCAGGUUUGUUCUGCUCUCUUACGAGGCUCGGCACAGCAUCUGUCUGUCCUCAACAUUUCCAAGAGUGUCUUUCCUCACAGGAAAGGCAAAGAGGUGCCGCCAUCGUUUAAGCACUUUUUCAGUAGCGCCAUGUCUCUCAGCUCCAUUAAUGUGUCAGGAACAAAGCUGGCGCCAGAUGUCCUCAAAGCUCUCCUCCUAGGCCUGGCUAGCAACCCCAAUGUGAAGGACGUAUCUCUUGACUUAAGCUGCUGUGAGUUGCGUUCUGGAGGGUCACAGAUCCUUGAAGGAUGCAUUGCUGAGAUUCCAAACAUCUCCAGCCUGGAUAUCUCCGACAAUAGCCUGGACUCUGAUCUGUCGACUCUGCUGAUAUGGUUGGCAAAAAAUCGAUCAAUAAGACAUUUGUCUCUGGGCAAGAACUUCAACAACAUCAAGUCCAAAAACCUCGCCCCGGUGUUGGACAGUCUGGUUCACAUGAUCCAGGAGGAAGAGUCGCCUCUCACCUCUUUGUCUCUGGCCGACUCCCGACUGAAGAGCGAUCUGACCAUUAUUCUGAAUGCGCUCGGCAGCAACACGUCACUCACCAAACUGGACAUCAGCGGCAAUGCCAUGGGCGACAUGGGUGCCAAGAUGCUGGCAAAGGCACUGCAGAUUAACUCGAAACUCAGGACGGUGAUCUGGGACAAAAAUAAUACUGGUCCUCAGGGUCUGCAGGAUGUAGCAACAGCUCUGGAGAAGAACUUCACUAUCCGUUUCAUGCCCAUCCCCAUCAUUGAUGCCUCUCAGGCUCUAAAGUCCAGUCCAGAGAAGACAGAGGACGCCUUGCUCAAGAUUGAAAACUAUCUCUACAGAAACCACGAAAGCAGGAAAUAUCAACAAGAGCAGGCCUAUCGUCUUCAACAGGGCAUCGUAACCACAACAACACAACAGAUGAUGGACCGGAUUUGUGUGAAGGUGCAGGAUCACCUGAACUCUCUGAGAAACUCUGAGACUGACGCCAUCCUCGAAGAUGUCAGGUCUGCUGAAAGCCUCAUCAAAGAUGCAAGGAACUCUAAAACGCUCCUUCCAAACCUCUAUCACUUGGGCUCAGCCUCGAGAGAGGAGGUGCACCAGGCUUCAGUUGGCCCCAUUCAGGAGAAAUUGGAGUCCAUGGCUGGUGAGGUGACUUCUGUCAUGGAUCAACAAUUACAGAGACUGUUGGAGUCUAUGAUGGACGCCGCAGAGUCUGUGUGUCCUCACGUGAUGAAAAGGAGUCAUCUGCGCUCAGACCUCAUGAAAGCCAGUUCGACCAAAAUGGUCAUCCCUAAAAGUUUUGUCACCAAAACGCUCCUGGAUCAGUCUGGUAUUGAUAUCAUCAAUAAAAUCAGUGAGGUGAAGCUGAGUCUUGCCUCCUUCCUGUCUGACCGCAUCGUUGAUGAGAUUUUAGAGGCUCUUUCCACUUCCCAACACACUUUGGCAGACCACCUCGUGCGAAGAGGGCGGCCCUUGGUGCAGCAAGAGUCGAUAGACAUGGAUGUUCCCGAGGAGAGAAUUCCCAAACGGGCUUCCACUGAGACCCUCGAGGGCGAGCGGCUGGAUGAACUGGAGUCAUGCAUGAUGACUCCAAAGACAAAGAGAAAAAGCAUCCAUAGUAGAAUGCUGAGACCUGUGUCUCGUGCCUUUGAGAUGGAGUUUGACUUGGACAAGGCACUGGAGGACGUACCAGUGCAUGUGGAGGACACGCCGCCUCCGUCACUCAGCCCUCCAGUUCCCUCUCAGCCCUUACCGAAAGGGGAGCAGCGUGUGCCGGGAGGGAUAUUGGAGCUCCCGUCUGAGGAAGAGAAGAAGCUGCAGCACUUUACCAAGCAAAGACCUCGUCGGAACAAGAAAACACACUCCAGCAAGAUACCACAAAUGAGCAGCGCCCCACCCCAGGAUGGUGAGCAGAAUGGCCUCAUGGGAAGGGUGGAUGAAGGUGUGGAUGAAUUUUUCUCAAAAAAAGUCACCAAGAUGGAUUCAAAACGUUCCAUAAAGGGCUCAGAAUCUCACGAUGGAGAGAAGAAGAAGAGCAAAGGAGGCUUCCUCAACCUGAUCAAACGCUCUACCAAGUCGGAUAAAUCUGAGAAGUUGGAAAAAUUAGAGAAAAAUCAGGUGACCCCUUCAUCCUCAGCCACAUCGUCGACCUCUUUAGUGUCAGUUUCCAGCAUCGCUGAGGAACCAUCCUCUCCAAAGUCGACAGUAAAAAGUCCAGCACCUGAGCCAAAGUCCAGAGAUUCGUCCACUCGCUCACAGCCGACAGACUACAGCAGCGGCUCGGAACGUUCAGAGGAGCUGAGGACUCCCGAUUCCAUAGAUGAGCCGUGGGAAGGCUCCGACGGCCGAGGGAGUCCCCAGGGAGGCCGGCGGUACCCCGGCAUGCAGAUGAUGGGUGGCGGGCUCCUGGCGGAAAUGAAGGCCAAGCAGGAGAGGAGAGCACAUAAGUCCUCCAGCCCUGACAGACCUGACAGCAAUGCCACAGGUGAUUCAACAUGCUUAUUUCUUAUUUUACUAUUAGAGUUGCAACAAUUACGAGGUGUUUGGAAAGUUACUUUGCACUUAGUUUUGUCAUCACCGUCACCACUUCCAGGUUCUCCAGAGAAGACCUCAGUCCGUGUCGAAACAAAGCCUGAUCCCGUUCCUCGUCCCCGGGCUCCGUCCUCUUCUGGCUCCCCUGGGGGGCCAGUGAGUCCCAAACCCGCAAUGCCCCUGGGAACGAAGCCCACUCCGUCCUCCCGGCCCUCCCUUCCUCAGAAACCGAGGACCUCCAGCAGUCGGAGCAUAGAUGAGAGCUCAGAAGCACCCAACGGAGGCAGGCUUUCUCCGAAAGUGGCAGGUCUCCCAUCGCUGAAGAAAGUGUUACCAGAGAAAGAUAAAGAGGGCCACAAUAGUCUGCAGCCAGGAGGUUCUGCUCCUAAAUCUACUCAGGAAGGGAAGAAAGCGUCCGUGUUUGAGCCCAUUCAACGCUCCAACCAUCAGCGCAGCAACUCUGAUGACCACGGCCCAUUCAAGGGAAAGGGGGCAUCUCCAAAUCCAGAUAAGGACAAAGCAGGCAAAAAGAACUCUGACCCUGGGGAGAAAGGCGACAAAGAAAUUAUUUUAAUAUGAAUUUAUCGCAUUUAAUGCAAAAAUUAACCUUUUUUUUUUGUUCAUUUGCAAAUGAUCGAAUAGGCAAUAUGAGCAAUAGUUUGUAUUUAUAUUAAGUUGUACAAAUGAUGAAACACUUGGUUACGGUUAACCUAUUAAUAUGAAUCAUUACACCAAAGUGGUGUUUUUCCCCAGAAUAACUUUUUCAACUCUCUUUCUGAUGUCACCUACCCUAAACCAAACAUUCACUAAGAGCUUCCUUCUUCUUGCAGAAAUAUGUCAUUUCUACAGGCAAUUAAUCGUUUGAGCUGACUAAUUAAAACCACUAAAAACAGAAGCAUGAACGUACUUUCAAUGGAAAGCAAGCAUGGGCUGGGAACUCUGAAAAGAGGUUGUGAAAUGAUUUUAAUAAUAAUAUCAUGAUCUAUUUGCUUAAACUAAUCCUAUCGCGGUACUUUACUUGAAGCUUAAUACAGUCCGCCACCCAACAAUUUUUCUAAAUAUCUGAAUCUCUUUUUGCCAAAAUACUUUUUUUGGUGAAUCCAUUAUGCAACCCAUCUUUUUUACAGGAUAAUACAGGUUUCUGCUAAGCAUCUCAGCACUCACAAAUCACACUAAUGUAGCUUACCUGGACCGAACAGUCACCACACCGCUGGUCCUCACUGGUGACUGACCUUUGCCGACCCUGCAGUACACUUGAGCUUUUAAUCAACGAAGGCUUCAGCACUGUUAACAAACAAGCAUUCACUUUCUGUGGAUGGAAAAAUUCUUGUGACCCUUUAACUUGCUAGGGGUGUCUUUAUGUUUAUAGGAAAGGAAGUCAUGUGAGUUAGUCUCGUUUAGUUUCAAGCUAGAAUACAAAGCUGUUGUGUUGCAUGCCACUUUUUGUCCUGUUGUCCUUCCGAUUGCUGAGUUCAAGACGCAGUGUGACGCCAUCUAUUGACACUCAUCAAAAAUGUUACAUACUUAGGGCUUUCAACCUUAAUUGUCUUGAAUGCAAAGUGUAACAUUUGAUCCAAAAUGAUCCUGAAAUGGAGUGUGUUUGUGGUUUGAUCUCGGUGCUCUUCCGUUGCGUCUGGACGCUUACCUAAACAGCACAAAACAUCUUAAAAAGCAACAAAUGCUAUUUUGUACACAGCCUAACAACCGCCACGUUCCAAUGCAUGCACUGCAAAAUGCAGUAGAAAAAAAAAUGAGGUCCAGUUUGGAUUGCCAUAGCUUGCAGAUUUAAGAGAAAGAUUAAGAGUGGUGGAAGCACAAGUGUUAAGUGGGCUCCAAAAGAACUUUUGCAGUCUUUCUUGUAGAAUGGCUUCUUAACUAAUCAUGCAAAUAAUUCUUUUUGUAAAUAGUUUCACUGGCAUGAUGCCAAUUUAAUUUAUGUAUUUUUUUUCUCUCCAAAAAGAUGUCAGGUCACAGGUGCACAAGUUUGCUGCAGACAAAAUAACAGUAAACUCGAGUGAGUGAGAGAGUGAGAGAGACUGCAUGAUGUGCACUGCACUGUACUGUACUGUACUGAAUCGAGCCUGAAUCAAGCGUCAAGUCUACAAGUGUGUAUGUGUCAUGCAUACACGUAAUAUGGACACUGUGACUUUUUUUUUUUUUUGCAUAGUUUGGUACAUUGCUUGUAACAUUCAAAAUAACGUCCACAAAAUUCUCUCUUAAAUUGUACAUUUUGUUUAUAAAGCGGGUUGUCUUUGUUUGUGUCAGCUAUGAAAUGUAUUAAAUCUUAACCAUUCUUUCAUAAUUUGUUAAAAAAAAAAGCGGGGGGGGUGUAUGCAACAUUUUCACAUAAAUACUGAAGACAUAUUUGCACAUCUUACAUCUUGAUUUAGUUUGGGGAUCAUUGUGUUGCUUUCAUACUGUCCUGCUGGUGUCCAUGUGAAUAUUAACAUUGAUUAAAAUCAUUUUACAGGC